GCUUGGAGGAAUUUAGGAGGAGAGUGUUAGAACACUGGUUUUGUCUGGUUUUGUUUCCUCCUCUUUCACUUUCAGGAGGAAAGCAGUAAUUAAUACAGCUGGAUAUUAAAUGCAGCAUUUUCUGUUGGCUCAGACUUCUAGUAUUCGGUUUCCAGAUUUAGCACAGACAGGCAGUAGCAGUCAAGUCUUUUGGUUAGUUUAGGAUCCUUCUCAGGAGGAAAAAUACUUAGUGAUGAUCUGUGCUUAACUUAGCUCUUCUUAUCCUGAAGUUAUAACAGCCUAAUAUAGGAAUAGUUAACUUCAUUUUAACGUGGACUGCUUAAUGUGCUGGUAUUGGCAAAGAUUUGGAAGCAUGAACUCUGUGUAGCAACUUCAUAAGCUUAUAGCUGAAGAAGAAAUAGCUCAAAAGUUCAUUCACUCUCUAAGUGGUGUCCGAAAUGUACCAUUUCGGAAAGUUGCUGGGAUGCAUAGUCUUGGUUCUAAGUGUGUCCUUAUUAGGAUGAUUUCGGAUGUCAUGGUUGCUUCCCCCCCCGCCAUCUCCUUGCUGGAGCAACAAUUUAAAGUGUGAUGUUCUCUAAACUCAUGCACAGAAAAUCUUCACUGACGAUUCAGUUUGUGGAAGGACAGUUUGUUGAUUCAUAUGAUCCAACCAUAGAGAACACUUUUACAAAACUGAUCACAGUAAAUGGCCAAGAAUAUCAUCUUCAGCUGGUUGACACUGCUGGCCAAGAUGAAUACUCCAUAUUUCCUCAGACGUACUCCAUAGACAUCAAUGGCUACAUUCUUGUUUAUUCAGUCACGUCAAUAAAAAGUUUUGAAGUGAUAAAAGUUAUCCAUGGCAAGUUAUUGGAUAUGGUGGGAAAAGUCCAAAUACCCAUUAUGCUGGUUGGAAAUAAAAAAGACCUGCAUAUGGAACGGGUGAUCAGCUAUGAAGAAGGGAAAGCUUUAGCAGAAUCCUGGAAUGCAGCUUUCUUGGAAUCUUCUGCUAAAGAAAAUCAGACUGCCGUUGAUGUUUUUAAGAGGAUAAUUUUGGAGGCAGAAAAAAUCGAUGGGGCAGCUUCACAAGGGAAGUCUUCGUGCUCAGUAAUGUAAUUCCACGGCAAAACCUGAAAACACUGGGAAUACAUUCUACCUGAAGAAGCAAAACUGCCCAUUAUCUUCAAGGAUAAACUAUGCUUCUUUUUUUAUUAUUUUUUUUUUCUUCUGUUAACCUCAAAGAUAAACAGUUGGUUUGGAGCCUUUCCCUUCAGAUUAUGUUAAACUCUGACUCCUGUGCAAAUGGCUUCACUUCCAUUUUCAAAUUUUAAGCAAUCAUAUUUUCAAUUUAUAUAUUGUAUUUCUUAAUAUUAUGACCAAGAAUUUUACUGGCAUUAAUUUUUCAGUGUAGUUUGUUGGUUAGAAUAAUCAUCAAAAUGAGGCAUAUUGUUACACUACUAUUAACUAGGCUUGGAUAUCAGUGUUUCUUUGUGUUAAAUGUAUACUUGUAAAUAAAAUAGCUGCAAACCUUAAA